UAAUAUUAUGUGCUGUCAUCAUGGCAAAGAGAAAAGAAAUCAGUUAUUAGAAAUGUGUUAUUGACACUAUUAUGUUUAGAAAAGUGUUAAAAAAAAUCUUUUACGUUAAACAGAAAUUGGGGGAAAAAAUAUACAGGAGGGUUUUGACUUCAACUGUAUAUAUAGGUCACAUUUACUCAGCAUGAUGUGUUUACUGUAUGUUUGUCGCGGGUUACUGGGUGUCUGUGGGGUUAAGCUUGACCAAUGUUGGCCAGUCAGACGUUCGUAAGGAGUUUAUAAUAUUAUGUUCACCAUAUGGACUGUCUUACAGGUCUGCAGGAGUCCAGAAGAUCAUGGCGGAGGAGCACGCGACAGCCCGAGGGAUGACAGUAGGAGCAGAGGGCGGGGCUGAUGUCACAAAGGGGGUGUGGCCAGCGCAACCACGCCCCUUAUCACAUGACCGGGUCACCUUAGUAGUCGACGGGACACAUUUCGUAGUGGAUCCUGCAGUGUUUACAACAUACCCGGAUACAGUACUAGGAAGAAUGUUUGGUCGAGCGCGUCAGCACAGUUUUACGCGACCAAACACUAAAGGCGAAUAUGAAAUCGCUGAGGGAAUCGGUGCAAGUAUCUUCAGAGUCAUACUGGAUUUUUACAGAGUCGGCAUCCUGCACUGUCCAGAGGGCGUGUCUUUGGCGGAGCUGCGCGAAGCCUGCGAUUAUCUGUGUAUAAACUUCGACUACAACACUGUCAGAUGCAGAGACCUCAGCGCUCUCCUGCACGAGCUGUCCAAUGACGGUGCUCGGCGGCAGUUCGAGGUGUUUCUGGAGGAGCUGUUGCUGCCGGCGAUGGUUUCCAGCGCUCAGGAGGGAGAGCGAGAGUGUCACAUCGUGGUGCUCACAGACGAUGAUACUGUAGACUGGGACCACGACAACCCUCCACCGAUGGGAGAGGAACACUCGCAAAUCAUCUACAGCACCAAACUCUACCGUUUCUUCAAGUUUAUUGAAAACAGAGACGUCGCGAAAACUCAUCUUAAGGAGCGAGGCCUGAAAAACAUACGCAUCGGUAUCGAAGGAUACCCCACCUGUAAGGAGAAGGUGAAGCGGCGUCCGGGCGGGAAGUCGGAGGUGAUUUACAGCUACGUGCAGCGUCCGUUCAUCCAGCUGUCCUGGGAGAAGGAGGAGGGCAAGAGCCGACACGUGGACUUCCAGUGUGUGCGCAGCCGCAGCGUCCCAAACCUCAUCACCGCCAUGGGGGAGGGUCCUACUCGAGCUGGAGCCACGCCCACUCCACAGGUCGACGAGUUAGAUCGGCUGAACGGCCCCGCCCCUCCUGGCCUCGACCAAUGAUUGAUGAUUGAACUGAUAGAGAUGGAACACUGGACAAUACUCAAUGCUAUUAAAUUAUGUUGUGUGUUUUUAUAUUCAAUAUGUUUCAUGAAUAUUCAACCAUUUAUUCUUUCAGAGAUGAUUUCCUGUUCACCACUGUGUCCUUGAGACCCUGCUGUUACUGAAAAAGGCUUUGGUUAAGGCCCUGUCCACACAAACACGGGGGAUUUUCACAACCGCACUUCUUUCUAUGCAGUUUCGCUGUUUGUCCACACGAAAAUGCAGUGUCAGGUGACUGAAACCCAAACUUUCUGAAAACUCUGGGUACGGUGUGGUCUUGUGGACAAUAUGACAUCAGCGUGCAUGCUGUUUUCUGAUUUCUGAUUGGCCGACAUGGCUGGGUUCACGCCAACAAACGACUUGAAUAAGGCAAAUGUCUGAACAUUUGCGGCAAACGUAUCACAUAUGUCAUGUCGUUCGCCCGCACGACAAUAAUCCGCCUGUUUUCUCGUUUGCAUUAAUUUGAAUGCAAUUUACUCGUGUAAAUACUCAAUUCCCCAUUUGGUGUGAACUCAGUAUAAAAGUGUCAUCAUCGCCCCCUGUUGGUUCGGCGUGCUCUUAACAUGCAUCACAGCGCGGUUUGGCGAUUUCAUGUGGACAGACAUUUAAAAACGAAAGCGCGAAAAACGCUGUUUAUAAAUAUGCCCGUGCACAUGUGGACAUGGCCUAACACAACAUUUGCUGCUUACUAAUGCUCACCUUUUAAGUCAAUUACAUAAUCAUAUAACACUAUUUUUAAAAAAUCGUUUAUAUCGGUGACAUUUUCUAAAAUACACAAAAGGCCUGUGAAAUUUCUGCUUUAAUCACCAAAAUGUAACGUAUCAUGACGAAACAAAGGAUGCUAAUCUGAGUGGACGCACAAAACAGCCAACAUGAAACAUCAUUAAAAACACCUCUUUUUGUUUUUAUGGUUUGAUACGCUGCAUUAAAACUGAUCAACAAAUAAGAUUAGAGCCUUAGCUCGGGUGCCUUGAGCUGCUGAAGUUACUGUAAAACACCACUGGGUGGCGCUCAAGCACAAAACGCUCUAGCCGAGCGCACAGGAACUGCACAUCAAAUAGGAUUCAAGUGUCAAGUUUUAUUUUACGUAAUUUACUACUUCUACUUCUAACUUUUUUGCGCAAAUUUUUGCCCAAGUGUGUGUGUGUGUGUGUGUUGUGGAGGAGCUAUACAUAAAAGGAAACGCUUACACCAUGAAUACAGAAGGAAAGAGCCUGAAGGAGACGACGAAUCCUGUGUAAAAAUGAAUGUCAGAAGUGUAAAGUUGCACAGCGCCAUCUUAUGUACUGGAGUAUUUCUGUUUUUCAUUAAGCGCCAUCUAGUGUCAGCGAGUGAUUGAACACGUUCUCUCUGCUCAAUGUUGAAAAUGUCUCUUUAAACAAGCUUUUUGAAGAUAAGCUCAAGCAAAAACAAUCCUGAUGUGCACAAGCCUUUUUAUUCUGUUUAUUAAAAACACAUGAAGGGCUCUAUUUUAAUGAUCUAGGCACAAAGUCUAAG